AUGAGUACAAAGUCGGGAGGACAUACUCCUCCAGUGGUCUCCCUACUGGCUGGCGGUAUCGCCGGCGGUCUGGAAGCAGCUCUCACGUACCCCUUCGAAUUCGCCAAAACCCGCGUCCAGCUCCGCAGCGAGCAGGGAAUCCCAACUCCCAAGAAUCCUUUCCGUGUCGUCGCGCAGGUGUACCACACCGAAGGCCUCCCGGCGCUCUACAAAGGCUGCUCCUCGCUCAUCGUCGGCUCCGUCGCCAAGGACGCCGUACGCUUUCUCUCCUUCGACGCCAUCAAGAACGCCUUUCGCGACCCGUCCACCGGCGCGCUCUCCCCGCUGAACAACGUCCUCGCGGGCAUGUGCGCGGGCGUCGUCGCGUCCGUGCUCGCCGUGACGCCCACCGAGCGGCUCAAGACUGCGCUCAUCGACGACGCGCGCGGUACCAAAGAGUUCACGUCGCUCCCGCACGCGGUGCGGCUGAUCUACGCGCGACAUGGGUUCCUGGGCUUCUACUACGGCUUCGCGGGGAACACGCUCAAGCAGGCGAGCGCGACCGCGUGCCGGCUGGGGACGUACAACAUCCUCAAGGACUACGAGACGCAACGGGACAUCCACCAAGGCCCCGCGACGAACUUUGCGAACGGUGUCGUGGCCGGCGUCGUUACGACGUAUGCGACGAUGCCGUUCGACACGGUCAAGACGAGAAGUCAGAGCGCCCGGGGCGCGGGGACGCUCGAGGCGGUCCGGAGCGUGUGGGAGGACGGGGGCGUUAGGGGUUUCUGGAGGGGCACGACGAUGAGGCUCGGAAGGACGACUUUCAGUGGCGGCAUUUUGUUUACGGUGUAUGAACGUGUCGCGAGCGUGUUGAAUCCGUUGUUCGGGAUUCGUCAGUAA